CCGGAGUGGUUCGAGGAAGCGAAGGUUUUCUGCAACGGGGAGGAAGUCAUGACGGUGGGAGGCACGCAAGCGGAGUACGUCGUGGAUAUUUGGAGCGGCAACCACCCGUUCUUUCAAGGACGAUCGUCGGCGAUCAUGACGGAUGCGGGUCAAGUGAGCCGCUUCGCCAAUCGCUUCGGCGACCUCGGUGACCUCUCGGCGGUCGAAACCAUG